AUGUCCGAUCCUGCUCCUUUUUCUUCCGAUACGGCUCCGAAAAUGAUGUUAAUUCAGGAUCUUCGAAAAGAGCUUGAGGCAGCUAUUGCGUCGGCGAAUCGUAAGCCGAAGGUCUAUAAUAAGACUGCUGCGAUACUUGUGCAUUUUCAGGAUGAUGACGUCAAGUGUGGCAUUGUGGAGGAUGAAUUGGCGACUACGUUCCGCGAUGUACUCGGUAUUGAGAAGGUUGUACGAGUCUCGCUAGAAGCAGAAAAGACAGGCAAGCUCAUUUUUGAGAAUAUACGCGCAUUCUUCGAGCUGCACCCGGAAAAUCAGUGCGCCGACGACUGUCUCGACAUCUUCGUGAUUUCUGGCCAUGGCAGGCGACAUGUCGAUAUGAGAGAUGGUCAGGUAAAGCAGCAUACACUCUUGAUUAGCCCCUUCAUCGACACUGAAAGCGUGAACGGCAAGGAUCCGAAGACGCUUGGUACUCGAGCACUAGACUGGCAUUUCGGAACUAGCAUCCUCUCUCACGCUUCAUGCGAUAAACACUGGCGGCUACGAUGGAAUCCGCUGGUUACAAGGAAACCGACACAUCCUUUUCUGAAAGCUCUGAUUACAACGCUAAAGAAGCUUUCUACAUCCCCUUUCACAAUGGCAGAUGUCUAUGUGAGGAUGCAGCAGGAUCGGAGGGAAUUGCAGCUAAAGCAUGUUCCAUUUGACAAGAAGAAUGACGAAAAGGAUCCAGUUAUGUUUGGAAAUUCGAAAUCCAAAGGUGGGAAUGCAGGUUCAGAGUCCAGACCAGAUGAUCUACAGGUCCUUGUAACUACACAUGUUGACGAGAAUCUUAGCGAGAGCGAGGUUGAAGAAUUGAAGAAUUGGUUUCGCAACACUGUCUCCUCCACUCAGGGGGGUGACUAUCAAGGUGGAAGGCGUUUGGAAAUCGCUAGUUUCUAUCUUGCUCCUCGCUCUUCCAAUAUUAGUCUGGAAUCAGCUGCGUUACAGCAAAUUCGCGUGGAAUUACGUUGGGCAAGUGACUGCAAGUAA